GGAACAAGCUGCGGCGUAUCGGAGAACUGGCGAGAUGCUUUGUUCUUUCUUAAGAACUUCUUCAGCAGUCUGGCAGCAGAGGUUGAGCUGUUUUCCCCACCAGAGCAGGAAGUGUUCUGUGUGUCGAUGAAGAAGCCUACUGGCCCUGAGUUUUCCUGCAAUUUUUCCAAGUACAACGGUGGAGUGAGUCAGGCAUCGCCACCCAUCAUCUCUGUGCCAAUACAAGCCUGUAGUAUCAUCAGCACCUGCGGCCAAGACCGCACAACUGACACAGACACUGCCUCCACAUCCUUCACAGACCAGCCCAUAUUCUUCAGGAGUGCGGCUGCUGCUGCUGCUGAAACUGCUUAUGACAUGGUGUCUCCAGUGCCAGGUGAGGAAGAAUGCAAGAAGAUCAAACUGAACUCACAUUACUGCAUGGCACAUCAGCCAGUGGACCUCAGAAAAGGGGUGGCCAAGGCAUACAGUGUGUAGUGAAAGAGGUAUGAGCCCCCUUUUUCCUUAUCUGCCUUGUGAUAUACUUUCAAGUAACAAUGUUGUUUUAUUUCCUCUUUGCAGCUGCUGUGUUAGAAACAAGCCCUGAAACAAUAAUUUACGGCUAUUAUUACCAAUAGUACUUUUUAUUUCAUUGGUCUAAGAAAGUUAUGCUCUUUUUCUGUCUUUUUUCAGUUCUGUUUAGCUGUCAAGACAGUAUGUCUGGAGUGACAUUUCUAACAAGCCGCAUUUCAGAAGUCUUAUGGAUAGUCUUUAGAUAGGGACACAAGCCCUUGCGUAGUUUUCUGUCACGAUUCCCUUGUUGUCUGCCCUGGGUUUCACUUGUCUUUGUCUAAAACUACACUUCCCAGGAUCCCCCGGCGCUCAUCACUGCCAGCCCUGUGUCAUUGUGCCCACCUGAUUGUAGUUUGUCAUCAUCAUGUCUCCAAGUGUAUAUAAACCCUGUUUGUUCUCCAUUCCCUUGUCGAUCGUUGAUGUUUGUGGACGCCUGUUUCCGUGCUCGUUGUAUGUUUAUCCUGCCUAUUAUACCUUUGAAUGUUUUCCGUGUUUUUGUUUUAUUUUUCCCCAUUGCGGGUAUUUCCUUUGUUCUGGUUUUGUCUGCUCAGUUUUCACCGUGUCCAAUAAAGUACACUGCAUUUAGAUCCAACCCCUUGUCUGCCUCCUCCUGCAUCGUAACAUAACGAUCGACCCAAAAUGGAUCUAGCAGUGUUCCUCAGAGAGCUGACAGAGAGCGGACUUGUCUGUUCGGGAGUUCACCCACUUCUUCGCCAGCGUGGCCAGUUACACCGGCUGGGAUGAUGAUACCCUGAAGAAGGCGUACCGGUUCGGCA